CUCCGUUUGUCGCUUGUACUGGUACGUUCCACCGUCGCCGCCGCUGAUUCGCCGCCCGUCGUCGUCUCCAUAGCCGCCGCCGCCGCCGCCGCCAAAAAGCCGUUAUCGUUUUUUUUUGUAUUUAAAAAAAACGGUACUCGAGUAAAAAAAAAAAAAAAAACAGUUUUUUCUUCGCCGAACAACAAUAUUAUUAUCGUUACCACCGGUCAGCGUGCGGUAUAAGACAUUUAUAAAAAAAAAAAAAAACAUUAUCACUGUUAUCAACCCGAACGCGUACUGCUUCUUCGCGGUCACCCGCCGGUAAAAACCGCCCGGGGUUUUCCCGCCACAACCGGUUACACGUCUGUUCUUCCACGACGACCUUGCGUUCUCUCAUUGUCUCAACGGCGGCCGACGGCUCAAGACGAACAGGUGUAAUCAGCUCAGCCAAAGUACUCUGAAGAGCUUGCACGGCGCAGCACGGUGUUGAUUCCGAAACUUCAAACUCGUCGCCUGGUCCGAAAAAGUUGUAUUUACGGACCACUGCUAGGAGCCGGCAACGCUACCAAACCGACCGGAAGACAGUGCGGAAAAGCGACAUCUCUGACUUAUACCGGCAAACGGCUUGCUUGUGUAGAGAGCUUUGAAUCGCCUCCCGGCAGACCCGCAUCGCCGACAGCAGCCGCCCACGCUACCGCUGAAAAGCCAAAAAGGUUAAAUGAUAUCGUCUGCCACGACCGAACACCGCAUCAGCUGUAGUCUGUCGUCGUUGUACUAGUCGAACGCUUCUUCCGGCUAGGUCUUAUAAUAUAACACAAUACAAUAAUUGUUUCUUCACCAAAAAAAGAAACAGUAACAAACCGUCGGUUCUCUUUAUUAAUCCACCAAACCGUGUUCCGCACAUCAGUUCGGCUAAGCUAAGCUCGACUCGAUAAAAAAAAAAACCCCUUUACAAACUACUGAUCGCACACGUCUAAGAUGGCCGUGGUAAACAUGAACAAUUUGUUGAACGGCAAAGACUCCAGAUGGCUGCAGUUGGAAGUGUGCCGGGAAUACCAGCGGAACAAGUGCUCCAGACCGGACACGGACUGCAAAUUCGCCCAUCCGGCGCCCAACGUGGAAGUCCAAAACGGCCGGGUGACCGCCUGCUACGACAGCAUUAAGGGUCGGUGCAACAGAGAGAAGCCGCCGUGCAAGUAUUUCCACCCGCCGCAGCAUCUCAAGGAUCAGCUAUUGAUAAACGGUCGCAACCAUUUGGCAUUGAAGAACGCGCUGAUGCAGCAGAUGACCAUGGCGGCCAGCCAGCAGAUCGUACCCGGUCAAGUUCCCACGGCGGUGGUGAGUUUUGAUCCUGCUGCUCCUACUGCCUAUCUGACCGGAAUACCCGGAGCAAGCGCUCAAGUAGCCAAUACAUAUGCACCGUACUUUAGCGCCGCUGGACCGAUGAUGGGACCAACCACAAUCAUAACUUCGGACCCGAACAAUCCGCUGGCAAUGGCCGUACAACAGACAAUGGUCACACCGCAGAAAAUGCCUCGCAACGAUCGCUUGGACAUGGAUAUGAAAGCCGUUGGAACACUUUAUUACGACAACUUUGCUUUCCCGGGAAUGAUGCAAUACAAACGUGCCGGCAACGACAAAAACGGAAUGCCGGUGUUCCACCAACAGAGCUCCGGCACUUAUCAACAACUGCUCCAGCCUUUUGUGCCCACGGUGUCUUUUGCCGCUCCACCAGGCAUUCCCAGGUAUUAAUGAGAUGGUCACGUUCCCUCGGCAGCCGUUAUACACCAUAACAUCCGAACUUAACGCAGCUACGGAAUUUAUGGCAGUAGCCUAAUUUAUCGACUAUAAGAUUCGAGUCGUCGACAUAAAAUAAAUUAUUAUUAUUAUCUAUAUAUAAUCUAUAUACAUAAAUAAUUUAUAUAUUUAAUUAAAUAUACCCUUAAGCGCGUGUGUAUUGAAUAGCUAUAUUAUUAUAUUUACCUAAUAGACAUAAAAUUUUAAAAAUAUAUAUUUUGUAGAAUAUAUAUUUACAUACAUAAAUAAUGACAAACUAAUUAAACGGCCAUUUUUAUAAAAAAAAAAUACUUUAUACGGUUAACACUGUAUUUUUAAAAUCCUUACAACAUUUACCUAUAACAUAGUAAACGUCAUCUCUUCAUUCAGGAUUCGUUUCAGAAAUAUAUUAGCAUUAUCGUUUGUCAUUAUUUUAAUGUACUUAUAUUAUGCAAUUAUUAUUAUAACAUAUUACAACUAUUAUAAUUACCCAUUUACAUUAAUCUAGUGUAUUGCAUUGGAGCACCAACUUUUGUUUUUAGUUAGAUUUGUUAAAAAGUAACAACAACAGUUUUAGGUCCGCUUAUUGUAAUAUACGUAGUAACAUAAUAUUAUAAUUAGUUUUAAUUAUUAAGUACCAUUCGUAAUCGAUGUGAUACGGUAAGCUAAAGAAAACGUGAAAAUCUAGUAGGCGCCAAAGAAAGCGAAACCUUCAAUUUCGCUAAGAGGAAUCGGUCUUCUGAUAUAAUAUAUAUGUGUAUAUUUUAACUAGUUAACCAAAAUUUAAAAAACUAAAAUAGGUAUAAUUGUUACGCUCAUAGUAUUGAACACAUAACAUUAUUAUUGUAAUACCGGUAGAACUGGGUAACUUCAGAUGUAAUAUUAUAUUGGUUAAUUUCAGUACGUAUUAUUUUACCCGCGUCCGGCCAAAUUACCCAUACUUGUCCCAAGUAACCCGGUUUUACGGUAAUAAGACAAUUAUGUGAACUUAGGGAUGACGUGUUCGUUUAGAAUAUUAAAAUAAAAAACGUUUAUAUGUGUACAUAACGUCGAGACACCAGUAAAACAAAAAUAAUAAUAAAAACAAAAAAAAAAUGUCUAAAAUAUAUUAUUAUGUACCUAUUAAGAAAAUAUAUAUACUUAAGUAAAUCUAUAAAGUACAUACAAUAGAAUAAUAAUAACGAUUUAUAUUAUAUAAUAGAUUGUAAUGUUUAAUUAAUAAGGAAAAUUAUUAUGUGUAUAGUUAAAAACGUCCGACCCGUUAAACGCGGCAACUGUCCCAAAUCAUACAUCUAAUAAUAAUAUUAUUACACAAUAUAGGCAUACAAAAUAUACUUAACCGAAAAUACAAAACAAAAUUCAAUCAGGUUCAUCCGUUUUAUAUUGAAAAAAAUUGGUUUUCUCUGCGGAUUUAAUUGAAAUACAUAUUAUUAGCUAUGUUUACACGUGCAAAGACGGUUUUCUUUUGAGACAUACACCACGUUAUAGAAGAGACAAGUAUGGCAAGUAUCGUUGGCCCAUUCAAACCCCUAAAACUCCAAGUUAGAACUGUCCAGUAAGCUUGCAAUUCAAUAUUUAUUUUUCCAAGUGGAAGAUUCGCCGGCUAUGACUACUAAUUUAAUAUUAUAUAUUUUAAACUUACAGAGUUUUCAGUAUACCUGCCCCUUGCCCCCCCCCUCCUCUGAAUUUGUACCAAUGUCGAUAGGCUGAGUUUCCAUACUUGUCUCUUCCAUACCGUUCAUACACACACACAUACACACGCAUAUGCACGCUUGCUGUGAUAACAGUCAUAGUAAUAAUAAUUGUAUUAUUAUUAUUAUUAUGUGACAUAUUUGGUGAGACAUACUUUGUUUUCGUGCUAUUCUUGCAAAAUUAUAUUUUCGACUUUUCCAAAGACAAUCAAAAUAAAUAGAUAUUAUAAACAAAAAAAAAACCGGUACUAGUUGGUACCGGUCAAUCAAACACCUCUAUAUUUUAAUACAUUCGGUAUCCCUUUACACCAUUCGCCCAUCUAGGCGCCUAGGGGUUAGUUUACCCGCUCAUCCCUUUUGGUCCCGCAUUUAAACCCUGUUAUCCCUGGGGCGCACCUAGAGUUAUUUGGAAUAAUUCAAAAUUGCACGUCUCCCCCCCCCCCCAAGACUUCCCAAGGUCGACUUCGGGCCACCGCACCUCGCCGAAAUUUAUCGGUUCUAAUUAAAACGGAUUUCCACCAUCAUAACACAAGCCCCUUAAGCGGUAGUAGCGAAUCUGUAUAAUUUAAUAAUAUUCAAAAGUACAACGGCGUUUUGUAGGUUUACUUAAAUUCGAAAAUUAUUCAAUAUUUUAUUUUACAUCCUACCUAUUUAUUUAUUAAAUUGUGUCGUUACACUAAUAGCCGACAUUGCUUAAUUUUUUAUAUUAAAUUAUGAUACGAUAGUGGUGUUGUCUUACCGCAUAGUACCCCUACUUAUUAUUAUCAACUAUCCCAUAGCGUGAAUCAUAGGCCGUUCAUUCGGUAUAUAGUUUAGUUGAACUUGGGCAUGUCUGUCUAAUAAAAUACUUAUACCAACGGCUUGUUUACCUUUUGCGUCUACUAUUCAAAUGUAUACAUUUCUAUACUUAUAUACCUAAUAAAUAUAUUCUAAGUUAGACAUUGCUUAGGCCAUUGAUUUCGGCAUCGGUAUACAUUAAAAUGUACUUGUUUAGUAAAUAAUAAUAAUAUUAUCGCUGUCGUGUGCCAUUGUAGGUAUGUUGUAUUAAUUAUUAUAAUAUUAAAGAACAAAACAAAAAAAAAAUUCAUCUAAAAUACCUUUUAGUAUUAUAAUACCUUUGUGUGUGUGUUUGUGUGUGUAUAAUAGUGGUUAUUUUUAUUACUAAUUAAUAGUUAGAAGUGUAUACAUAAGCGCUUAUUAAUUAAUAUUGUUUGUACGUAACUUUAUGCGAAUAGAAUAAAUUUGGUAGGGUCUUGCUAUGUUAGAACAGUGUAAAAUAUAAAUUUUACUUAAAUUGUGUAGGCAUAUUAAAUGCUAGAGUGAUUAAAAAAAAAAAUUUUAAAAAGGAAGGGACGGCAUUUUUUUUUAAUUUUUCGAAAUCAGUGUAAAUUAUAUUAUGUUGCAAAGGUUUUUUUUUUUAAAUAACAUCAUGGUUAAUAAAUUAAGAUCUGCAUAAAUUCGUAAGAGGUAUAAAUUAUUUCACAGUUUAGUAAACAAAGCAAUCGAUUGAUCAUUUUUUUUAUCAAUUUAACUAGCAUAUAAAAUAACAACUACUCUUAGGCGUUCAUCAGCUAUUCUAAUAUUAAAAUCCUAAGUAAACGAAUACAAGUUUAGUUAAUCAAUAAAAUACUAUAAUGUAAAUUGAUAGCACUAGUUUCAGACAAAUAUUGCAUAGACAAUUUCAAAAUAUUGUUAUGAUAUUUAUUUAUUUUACCAUAAUGGUUUUUCAUUUUUAUCCGUUAUUAUAAUUUUACUUUUUUCCCUAAAAGGAUUUUUCAAAAACCCCAAAAAACCACUGCGGCCAAAUUACUAAUUUCAUUUUUUCAUUCUCUUUAAAAAAAGGUCCCUUUUGUUAGUACCACAUUAAUACAUACUUUUUGACAAGCGUGGUUGUUUUUUUUUUAUAUACAAAAAAAACAGGUGACGGCGAACCUUUUAUGACUUUUGGGACAACCCGUAUAGAUAAUAAUAUACUAUACUUAUAUUGUAAUCUCUAAUCUAAGUGUCUAAGUAAUUAUUAACAUAUUUCAUUUUAUAUACCAUACAAGUGUAUGUAAUCGUGAGUUCGAUAAACUAUUAGCAUUAUAGCAAUGUAAAUCGUACAAUUUAAUCGUAAUUUUUUUUUUUUUACCAGAAAUUGGAAUUUCAUAGUUACUUUGUAAAACGACGGUUAACCUAUUUUAAACGUAUAUUUUUAGAGUUUUCGGUUUCUUUUUUUUUUUUUUAAGUUGUUAUUGUUUUUAAUUUUUUUUUUUUUUGUUCCUUUUAAUUAAUUUUGUUAUUGUUUUGUUGUCAUUUGUUUAUUUAUUAUAAUUAUAAUUAUUGCCUACCUUUUAUGAUUUUAUUUAAGUUAUUACUUAUUAUUAUGAUAUAAUGGCAUUAUAUUACACGAGUCGGGGUGGUGUAAGAGGGUCGCAUAAUUUACUGAAAAAUAUUUCUCCGUUUAAAAUGCAAAACGAAUAUUGUAUGAAUAUUGAUUUCAAUAACGAAAGUUGUUUAUAACAAAAAAAGAAAACAGGUCAUGUCUUUAAGAUGCCGUCUAAUAAGUACCAAUCGACAAGCACAUAAUAAUAAUAAUAAGUCACACUCCAAAAACUACUUUUAACCAAAAAUCCAAUACCUUUUCAACUUAUCAAAGUCUUGGCUAUAAAUAAAUUUUAACCUACCGACCUUUCUUGCCCUGCGUCGUAUUUACCAUGUAAUAUUUUUCGUUUAUUUAUUAACCUUAUAUUUACACAUAUAUUCUACAUAAUAUUAUACUAACAACAAAAAAAAAAAGUAAAAAUUAAACAAUAUUAUGUUUCCUAUACCCGCCUAACGGUGAUUAGGUACUAAUAUAUAUUUUUUUGUAACAAAAUCUUGACUAGAGAUAAUAGUAUUGUGAAGUAUUUAAAUUUGUACAAGAAUAAAAAAACGUGGAAAGCGAAGUAUGAUUUUUUCACCGUUUUGAGAACAAGACAAGUCGCCACACAAUAGACAAUCAGAAUAACAAUACUUAAAAAUAUUAUGAUAAUAAUGUCCUUGAUUGCCGUCGAUAAAUCAGUUCGAUUGUUUUCAAAUACAUAUUUUUUUUUUUUUGGUUUUCAAUUUUCAACAAAUCGUUUUUCCAAAAAAAUCCUAGCAUUAUCAUUAAGACUUUAAAAGUUGAUUACUAUUUUAAAUGUAUUUAAACAUAUAAAUUGUUAUCGUACCUAUAAUGCACAAUUUA